AUGCGCGCACACACACACACACACACACACUCAGCCAGAAAUGAUUGUUUUGUGCGGUGCGUCAGCUCUGGGCACGGGUCUGAUUUCCGCGGAUACAUUGUACACUUGGUCGCAGUAGAGUUGUAGAGAAGCGUCCGGCGGCUGAGACACGGACAAGUCGGGAUGGUUUUUGGGGAACAACAAAGGAAAUAAGAAGUGGUGGAAAGAGCGAGCUGGGCGCAGGGAACACACACACCCGAUACCAGUCUUUCUCUCUCUCUCUCUCUCUUGCUCUCUCUCCCCCUCCCUCCUUCUCUACGCCCCCCUCCUUUCCCAGCAGAAACACAGGCAGAGAUCCGGCUUGUUUUUCUUCUCUGUUUGAUUCUGCCUGUUUCUCUUCCACCAACUCCUUCCUGGAUUCAUCAUUUCUACUAAAGAGAAAAGUACUGAGACACUUGAGCAACUAAAAAAAAAGGGAGAUAAUGAAAUGACUGCGAGUCGAAUACAGAGAAGUGUUGUUUCUGCUGUUCUGAUCUAAAGGACAGAAGAAAACGAGUGGAGAAGACAGACAGGAAUGCUAUGGCCAAUUUUCAAGCUGGACAAACCCAAGACCCUGCUUGUGCCACAGAACCAUUAAGAAGAGAUGUGCUGGAAUAGUUCUGCCUCAAUUACACCUUUCUAGAUCGGAUUCUACUUCUCCCCUUUCUUCCAAACAACCACAGGCCAUAUGCCUUUUUGCCCUACAAAGAUUUUCCAUUUUGAGAUUUUUCUGCUAAUUGCACAAAUAAUGCUGUAUUCAAGAGUUGAUCACUACAACCAUUGAUUACAUUGUCCCCAACCUUAAACAAUUAGCAAGUUGAGGACCUUUUAAAGUCCUGAAUGUGCUUGGAUAAAAUAGCAACCCAGUAGCUUUCCAAUUAGAGCUUCUGGGAAUGGCAAGAUGAGUGACUUCAAACGAUAAUGAUGGCAAAAAAACAAGAUGCCCGGGCACCAACCUACAACCUGGUUGUAGUAGGUUUGUCCGGUACUGAAAAAGAGAAAGGGCAGUGUGGGGUAGGGAAGUCCUGCCUUUGUAACCGCUUUGUACGCCCCAGCGCUGAUGAUUUUUAUUUGGAUCAUACCUCUGUUCUGAGCACUAGUGACUUUGGUGGUCGAGUAGUAAACAAUGACCACUUUUUGUUCUGGGGUGAGGCAUCACGAACAUUGGAGGAGGGACCAGAAUGCAGAAUGCACGUGGUGGAGCAGACUGAGUUUAUUGAUGACCAAACGUUUCAGCCACAUCGAAGCACUGCACUGCAGCCUUACAUUAAGCGGGCAGCUUCCAACAAACUGGCCUCAGCUGAAAAGCUUAUGUAUUUCUGUACUGAUCAGCUCGGUCUUGAGCAAGAUUUUGAGCAAAAACAAAUGCCUGAAGGAAAGCUUCUUGUGGAUGGGUUCCUACUUUGUGUUGAUGUAAGCAGGGGAAUGAACCGUAAUUUUGAUGACCAGAUAAAGUUUGUUACCAACUUGUACAACCAUUUAGCAAAGACUAAGAAACCAGUUGUACUUGUAUUGACCAAGUGUGAUGAGGGAGUUGAACGAUAUAUAAAGGACUCUCACACCUUUGCUGUAAACAAGAAAAAUCUGCAGGUAGUUGAGACGUCUGCACGCUCUAAUGUCAAUGUUGACCUUGCCUUCCUCACCCUAGUGCAGGUGAUAGAUAAGAGUCGAGGAAAACCGAAGAUCAUACCCUACUUUGAGGCUCUAAAGCAGCAGAGUCAGCAAAUAGCAUCUGCUAAAGACCGCUACGAGUGGCUUGUCAGUUCCAUCGUGAAGAACCACAAUGAAACAUGGCCCAACAUCAACUGCAGAAUGCAGACAUGCCCUGAAUACAAAGAUUAUGUCUUCCUUGAGGGUACUUCCAAAGCCAAGAAAUUGUUUCAACAACAUGUGCACAGGCUCAAACAGGAUCACAUAGAAAGACGGCGCAGAGUUUAUUUAAGUACACUUCCACAGGCCCUGUGUACUUUGGUACCAGAUUUAGAGGAGAUUGACCACUUAAGCUGGUCAGGGGUACAGAAGGUUCUGGAGACAAAGCGUGGGUUCUCACAGUGGUUUGUUAUAUUAGAUGACACACCAUGGGAAACUACACCACAUAUAGACAAUAUGAAUGACGAGCGUAUACCCCAGGAUCUUUUGGAAACACCAGCUGCAGAAGUUUUCUAUGAAAGUCAUUUAGUGCAUCUGAGAAAUGAGAGAAAACGAGCAGAAAUGCGUCGAGAAUUCAAAGAGAAACUGGUUGCGUCACCAUUUGUCACUCCUGGCAAGCCUUGGGAGGAGGCCCGCAGCUUUAUAAUGAAUGAAGAGUUUUACCAGUGGCUGGAGGAAUCCGAGUACCUAGAUAUCUACAACAAGCAUCAGAAGGAGAUUAUUGACCAAGCCAAAGAGGACUUCCAAGAGCUUUUGCUCGAGUACUCUGAGCUGUUCUAUGAGCUUGAGGUGGAUGCUAAACCCAGUAAAGAAAAAAUGGGUGCCAUUCAAGAGGUUCUUGGAGAGGAACAGAGAUUUAAAGCUCUCAAAAAACUUCAAGCAGAGAGGGAUGCUCUAGUACUUAAGCAUAUUCAUUUUGUCUACCACCCAACAAAGGAAACUUGCCCAAAUAAUCCUUACUGUGUGGACAGCAAGAUUGAGCAAAUUUUAGCCACUAGAUUUCCUACUCGGUAUGCAUUUGAUGGCACUUUAAAGUCCCAGUAUGGUGAGGGAAAAGUAGAUAGGAUCAAUCUUGUUAUCCUUGGAAAAGAUGGACUUGCUAGAGAAUUGGCCAAUGAGGUCAGAGCAAUGUGCACCAGUGAUGACCGAUAUACACUGGAUGGAAGAGUAUAUGAGCUGGCUCUGCGUCCUAUUGAAGGCAAUGUGCGUUUACCAGUUAACUCUUUUCACACACCUACUUUUACCCCACAUGGAUGCCUCUGUCUCUACAACUCUAAAGAAUCUUUGUCCUACAUAGUUGAAAGCAUUGAGAAACUUCGGGAAUCAACCAUUGGUCGAAGGGAUAACUUAUAUAGCUUAGCACAGCUCCCCAUGUCACUCCUGUUAGUCACCAAGAGGGGCGUUGGAUCAAUUGGGGAUAUUGGGGGAGAAACUGCACAAAGUUUAAUAAUUCAAGGGCAACAGGUUGCUGGGAAACUUCAGUGCACUUACUUGGAUCCUGCUUCUCCAGGUGCAGGAUAUGCUCGCAAUCUAAAUGAAAAGCAGGUCAACCAAGUUCUGAAAAGCCUUGUGGAUUUACAGAAACCCACUCGCAGUCUUGUAAGCAGCUCCCCUCCAUUGCAGACUCCACGUUCUCGUUUUAGAGACUCUCAUACUCAACAGGCUUUAGAUGCUGAUUUACAUGUUGUUAUGUGUAUUAUGUGUGGAGACACUUAUGAUGUGGACCAACUUUUAUCACCAUUCCUACAUUCUCAAUACUGUAGGCCCUCUGCCAACCUAUCUAGUGGGACAUCAGUGUUGUUAGACCUUACUAUUGGUAGCCAAAGGCAAACUGUUGACCUAGCUGUUCUAUCAUAUCAUUCUACCUUUUCUUUACGCAAGAGCCGUUUAGUACAUGGAUACAUUGCUGUAUACUCAGCUAAACGCAAGGCUUCCAUGGAAACGCUUUGUGCCUUCCUUUGUGAAGUGCAAGACAUCAUACCUGUGCAGCUGCUGGCAGUUGGGGAGAGUCAAACAGAGCUAACAGAAUCUGAAGUAGCUCGUGAUCAACUGGUCGAAGGGGAGGACUUGGCUCGUGAAAUUGAGGGCCGUUUUAGUUCUGUUGUCUGUGGACCAGGUGGGGUAGUAGGUGGUUUGCAUCGAAUAGAUCUCUUUCAGCCUUUUUUAAAGGAUGUAGUUGAAAAAAAGACCAUAAUAGAGGCCACCCAUACAUAUGACAAUGUAGCAGAGGCCUGCAGUACCAAUGAAAGUGUCCAUUCACCUCGUUGUGAGUCACCAAGCAUCCCUUUGCUAGACUCUGAAGAUGAUGUUGACCCCUCACCACCUCACCUCGUCUACAGGGAGGAUAGCACUUUGACUCAUGGAUUUAAGUUUGCUGAUCCUGACAGUAGUGAUACCUUCAGCGUUAUUUCCGAAAUCAGCACCUUUGAAAGCAAGCUUAACAACAAAUUUGCACCACAGGUGCGACCCAAGCCUGCAGUUACAUUUGGGAAAGGUAGUCUUAGCUCCUACAUGGACCAUGGAGGAACCAGACGCUCAGUACCUUCAGUCACAUGGCCGCCAAGCAGUGAUGGUGGAUAUGAUCCUUCUGAUUAUUCUGAGCCAGUAGAUGCUGUACCCAAGCCCCGCCCCACAGAAGAGGAAAACAUCUACUCAGUUCCACAUGAUAGCACACAGGGUAAAAUCAUUACCAUUCGCAAUGCAAACAAGAGCCAUUCUAAUGGUGGGGGCAAUGGCUCAGACAGUGAGGCAGACAGCAGUUCACUAGAGCGCAGACGCAAGUUGUCUUCUAUUGGAGUUAAGCCACGAUUAUACCGUGAUCGCUCUAAACGGCUGGGCAAGUUCAGUAAUUUCCGCACAAGUUUCAUUGGCAGUGAUGAUGAGCUUGGAGGUCCAAUCAAAACCAAAGAUGAUGAGAUAGGAAUACAGAAAGGGGACAAUUCUCUGAAUGAAGAGGGUGAGGACCCUAAGAGAAACAAAAUAUUAAGGAGUCUUCGCAGAACUGGCAAGAAAACAAGACCAAAACCACGCCAGUCCUUUUCAAAACCACCGGAGAGUAACUACUUUGGUGUGCCUUUGGCCAACGUGGUCACGCCCGACCGUCCCAUCCCGCUGUUCAUUGAGAAGUGCAUCCGAUACAUUGAGGCGACUGGCCUGAGCACUGAGGGAAUCUACAGGGUGAGUGGAAACAAGGCUGAAAUGGAGAGCAUGCAGAGGCAAUUUGACCACGAUCAGACCCUGGACCUGGUGGAAAAGGACUUCUCUGUGAACACUGUAGCUGGAGCCAUGAAAAGCUUCUUCUCUGAGCUUCCAGAUCCUCUGGUACCCUACAGCAUGCAGUUGGAGCUUGUGGAGGCCUUUAAGAUCAAUGAUAGAGAGCAACGAUUCCUCGCCAUGAAAGACGUGAUGCGCAGGUUCCGAGAAAACUAUGAUGUCUUCAAAUAUGUCAUCAGUCACCUGAACAAGGUGAGCCAUAACAGUCGUGUGAAUCUGAUGACGAGUGAUAAUCUAUCCAUCUGUUUCUGGCCCACACUGAUGCGGCCUGACUUUACCACCAUGGACGCGCUGACAGCAACACGCACUUACCAGACAAUCAUCGAGACCUUCAUCUACCAGUGUGCUUACUUCUUCUACAAUCAGCCCCUGGUCGACAACCCAAGCAGCCUCUCUGGGCUCCCAGGAUCCCCCACUGCCACCCUGUCUUCAACUUCGUCCAUGUCCGGCUCCGCCUACCCAUCCUAUUACACCUCGGCCCAGCACGUAGCCACACCCUUCAUCCCACCUCAGCAGUCCCCACCCCAUUCUCCUCCCCCGACUCCACAGUCACCUAUCCAGAGUCUUCUUCCUUCACUACAUCCACACCAUGCACCAACGGAACAACACAUGCUGUGAAGCAGAAAAGGAUGUUGAGAGAGUAGGAAAGUGUAAGAGAAACAAAGAAAGAGAUGAAGUAGCAUUUACAGAGAUUACAGAAAUGGAGAAUGAUUUUUUUUUUUUUUUUUUUUUUAGGAAAAGAUAAAUGAGAUUGAGGAAAUAUAUGUGAUAGAGAAUGCAAAGAUGGAAGAGAGAGAGAGUAUUUGACAUAGUGAGAAGGUCACGCCACUUCAGCUGUGUGACACUCCGGGAACACCUCAUCUUCCUCGUCAUAGAUCACUGCACUCAUUGAAUUUCUCCUCAUAACAUAAUUCAGAAGAAUACACACUUUGCUACGUAUAUUCACACAUCGAUCUGAGAGCGAGCUCUCUUUUGGACCAGCACAGGACAGACAAGAUGGGAGGAGUGUGUAGCUGAAGAUUGUGUUACUUGGCCCAUCCUGAUGGACCUGAAAGGUGACUGAGUAAAAAACAGGCUUGGUAUGUGUGCGUUCUGGUGUAAAAGCUAGAAAUCUGAUCUAAACUCCGCACACAGCUGAUUAACUUCACUAUAUAACCUCUCAGGCCCAUGUCCUGUCACCACCACUAGGAAUGAAACUAAGUGUGGCAAGAAGCCAUCCUUAGCAUUCUCAGCAUUCUUUUUUUUUUUUUUCCAUUUUUUUUUAUGUUUCAACCACUAUUAUCAAAUUUUAAAGACUUGUUUCAGCAAUUGAAGACACAACAACUGUCACCCACAUUCCUCUUUUUCUCUUUCUGAAUGAGUCCUAUUUAAAGGGGAACACGUUUAAUUAAAACAGCCCGGACAAGAACUUGUCAAACUAUCUGGUUUUAUUGGCAGUGGAUUAAAGUAAACUUUGGUACUUUUUUCAAUCUGGGAUUUGAAGUCUUCUCAGCAUAUCUGUUCAUCUCUCUGCCCUCACAUUGAGCCAGAAUCUGAAAAACGUGCCAGGAGACUUGUUUCAUUUUUGUUCUGAAAGCAAAAAAAGUGUGUUUCCUUGAUUUUGAGUGCAUUUUCUUGACACGUUAGUCAGGGUCCAGUUUGUGUACCACUUUAAUAAAGGAUCUCAGUGAGAUUCUUCUUUAGAGCAGACAUGGAAAGAUAAUGCACUAGUGAGCUGAAACAUUAAUGUGUAUGUGUGAUUACGCGUUGAUGUGCGUGCCUGCCUGAAUGUACACUUUAUGCUUGUGAAAUGUCACAGUGAGAUUUUGGCAGCUUUCAAAAAGUGUGUCCAGUGGAUUGGUUUUGAUGGAGGGGAAAAAAGAGAUGUGAAAGCUGGAUCUCGAAGUAUAUGGGUGGUGAUUUUGGUUCUCUGUGUGAGUUGACACUGAAAAGAAAAGCUGCUUUUUCUAAAAACACACUUGCGUCACUCAGUCUAAAUUAUGCUGCACUAUUCCAUUUGAGACUUCAAAAUAUAUUUUGAAUUGACUGUUGCUCAGUCAAAAAUGUUUUGUGUCUAAAGUAGAGUAGAAAGAAAGAGAAGACAUAAAGGGAAGAUUUGUGCCUAUUUUUUUUCCUCUUCUGGUAUGAAAUCCGUUUUCAUCUUUGUUCUCAUAUUUGGGUGUGCUACUGCCAUCUUCUGUUUCCACACGGUAUUUCACACCGACUGAGUGUGACUUCAGUGGGGUUUUUUGUUUUUGUUUCUUGUUUUUUAUAUUUUCACUCGGAUACCCCGACCCCAUCUCCAAUCCCCGCUUUCCCAUCAUAUAAGUGCUUUAAAUUCACUUUAAAUCACAGCCUUUGUUUACACAGAAUCACACAGAGAAAUCCUCAAAUACACUUCUCAGCACUUCAUAUUCUGCUUUUUAUUCUCAGGUCAUUGCUGCGAUAAUUGCUAUUUAACUAUCAAAAAUUCCUAAUUGUCGACUUCAGAGAGUUUAUUGUCAUGUCUGAUGUAAUUCUUAAAAAAUCAUGAUGCUGAUGUACUCAACAGGCUGAGUUUUGGAAUUAAACAGGAAUUUCUAGGAUUGCAAAUUUAGACAUUUUAAUUGGUAUUUCUCAUAGUGUAGUUCUGUAAUAAAUCUCUCUGACUUGAACCGCCCACAACUUUUGCCUUGCCAGUCAAAGUCAUAUGUAUCUGAUUGGCUGUUUAAAAUGUCAGCCCAUUAUCUGCUUAUGCUUAGAGCUCAACUUCCACUUUAAAUAUUUUUCUUUUUUUUUCAGUCAUGGUAUUUUUUUGGGAAAAUAGGGAGAAGGAUCCAUGCUCUCCUGGUACUUUGCAACUGAUUGCUGUCAUGCUAUGUUCUCACUCUAACUUAUAACCAUGUCUCAGUAUAGAGUCGAUUCUUAGCAGCCAAAGACUGUGCAGAAUAGGUGAGUGAAAGAAAAGGAAAGGCAUCAAAUGGGAAUUAAAAUGUGACGUUCCAGCAAUUUUAUGUGGCGGCAUUUUUUUUCUCUUUUUUUUCCCAAUUUUGCAACAGUGGUGACCAAUUGUUAAGUUAAAUGAGAAGCAAGCAAAAUUAUAUUCAAAAUGGUUGCUUAUUUGUGUGUUAGGGGGUCUAACACUUUGCCCUGUAGUCAAUGGUGAUAAAGGUUUCUUUUUAUGUUUUAUUUUAAGAAUUAAAAAAAGGACCAUUUUUAAAAUAAUUUUGUGAAUGGUAUAAAGGCCAUAUGAUAUAGUGCAUGAUUCAACUCCAAGUCUGGGAGUUGGGACCUUCAACUCUUCGUAUUUAAGUGGGGGGAAAAAACAAUGAAAUAAACAAACAAAAAAAAAAAGGAAAAAAAAUCUUGAAGUAAACUGAGAUGAAAUCAUGACAUUAUUUGCUAUGGUCAUUUGUCUCAGUGGGAAUGGUGUACAAACAGUAAGGCCUUAUGUGACCUGUAUUAUAGUUAAUAAAUCAAUCUUGUAAUAUG